AUGGUGAACCUUGUUGUCUCACUUUUACGUCUGGAUGAUUUCGCUUCUUGUGCUCCACCAGGGAGCCAUUCUGAAUUGUUAACUACGCAUGGUGGUGAGCAAUCUGAUGUUGCUACUCGUGAAGGGGGAAAUAAGAUGGUUGUGUCAUUUAUGGGGCAACUGCUGGAUAUAUUGCGGCAGAAUCUACCUUCUGCUAUAUCUGAAGAGGAAAAUGUAUUGAACGAAAAUGUAUCCUCUGAUGGUAGACAAGUGUUAGACUGGAGAAUCUUGAAUGCUAAACAGUUCAUUGAAGACUGGGAAUGGCGUUUGUCAAUUUUGCAAAGUCUCCUGCCAUUAUCUGAAUGCCAGUGGAGAUGGAAGGAGGCAUUGACUGUAUUACGUGCAGCACCUUCAAAGCUACUCAAUCUUUGCAUGCAAAGGGCGAAGUAUGACAUUGGAGAAGAGGCUGUUCAUCGUUUUUCCUUACCUCCAGAGGAUAGAGCAACAUUGGAAUUGGCUGAAUGGGUAGAUGGUGCCUCUAGGAGAGCAUCUGUGGAGGAUGCUGUGUCCCGUGCUGCUGAUGGAACCUCUGCUGUCCAAGCAUUAGAUUUCUCCUCUUUACGCUCUCAGUUAGGUCCUUUGGCAGCAAUUCUUCUCUGUAUUGAUGUUGCUGCAACUUCUGCGAAGUUUGCUAAUAUGUCCCAGAAGCUUCUAAACCAGGCUCAGAUUAUGUUGUCCGAGAUCUAUCCUGGUGGUACUCCAAAGAUAGGAUCUACUUAUUGGGAUCAGAUUCAUGAAGUGGGGAUAAUAGCUGUAACAAAGCGCAUCCUCAAGCGUUUACAUGAACUAUUGGAACAGGAUGAAAGGGCAGCAAGAGGAGGGAGAAUCAGGGAUAAAUCUGACCUGGGAAUGCCAAAUGAGCCUGGAAUAGUUUUGAAAUGCAGUCACCUGUGUAGAGUGCUUCCAGCCAUCAGAUUAUGGGGUAUUCAAGAGAAGCUUGGAACUGUUGUAAAAAAGAAGCUCAAAAAGGCUGAAAGAAACCCUAGAAGGGCUGUAAAGAAACUCAAUGAUGCUGAACUGUUUAGACGCAUUGACGAUGUUUGGGUUGCUAUUAAUAAGUCAGACAGUGCAAGGAAUGCUUACUGCAAAUCUUUGAUGGAGAUUAGUUGUCAUAUGGUACUUUCUGCAGGGAUUGAAUGCCUGGAUGAAGCAGAGGAUAAACCUCCAGCUCUUCAGGCGAUUUUAUCUGGGGAGAUGAGAAUGUCUUCAUCGAAGGAUUUUCACAAACAAGGAAACAGGGAACGUGCUCUUGUUAUGUUACAUCAGAUGAUUGAAGAUGCUCACAAGGGGAAGCGACAGUUUCUGAGUGGUAAGCUUCAUAAUCUUGCGAGAGCUAUUGUUGAUGAAGAAACAGAAAGAGAUUACAUGAAAGGAGAGGGCUCAUAUUCAGAUAGGAAGGCUCUUUUGACUUAUGACAGGGAUGGGGUACUUGGGCUUGGGUUAAGAGCAUUGAAACAAUCAUCCUUGAGUUUAGCAGCUGGUGACAACAAUACACAUUCCGCCAGUUACGAUGUAAAAGAUACUGGGAAGAGAUUGUUUGGCCCCUUAAGUUCCAAGGCCACAACAUAUCUUUCACAAUUUAUUCUCCAUAUUGCUGCAAUUGGUGACAUUGUUGAUGGGACUGAUACGACUCAUGAUUUCAACUACUUUUCGCUCGUGUAUGAGUGGCCUAAAGACCUUUUAACUCGUCUGGUUUUUGACCGAGGUAGCACUGAUGCAGCCGGAAAGGUAGCAGAAAUUAUGUGUGCUGAUUUUGUACAUGAAGUAAUUUCUGCAUGUGUACCUCCAGUUUAUCCUCCACGAUCUGCCCAUGGUUGGGCUUGUAUUCCAGUGACACCGACUCGUCCCAGGAGUUAUCCAGAAAGUAAUGUACUUUCCCCUUCAUCUAGAGUAGCUAAGCCCAAUUCUUAUAGCCGUUCCUCAGCCACACCUGGUGUCCCUCUGUACCCUCUGGAGUUGGAUAUUGUGAAGCAGCUCGUUAAACUAUCCCCAGUCAGGGCUGUCCUAGCAUGUGUUUUUGGGAGCGGUAUAUUGUACCGUGACAGUGACUCAACUAUAUCUGGUUCCUUGGAUGAUGGACUACUGCAGACACCUGAUGCUGACAGGCUAUUCUACGAGCUUGCUCUUGAUCAAUCAGAGAGGUUCCCAACCUUGAACCGCUGGACUCAAAUGCAAACCAACCUUCAUCGAGUCUCAGAGUUUGCUGUAACGGCUGAGCACACAAUUGACGAUAGGUUGGAUAAAGCUGUAGCAAAAACUGCUGUCAAGCGGUUCCGUGAACAUGAUAGUGAUACUGAGUCGGAAGUUGAAGACAUCACUGCCAGCACUAAUGUUUCAACUGCACUGUCAGAUGUUAAAAAUCAAGGCAAUGUGGUUCCCGAAUCUUGGCAUGAUAGUCCAAAGUCUGAAGCAGCUGAAGUUGAUUCAACAGUUUUCCUUUCUUUUGAUUGGGAGAAUGAAGGGCCCUACGAAAAAGCUGUGGAACGAUUGAUUGAUGAAGGAAAAUUGAUGGAUGCUCUUGCUCUUUCCGAUCGCUGCUUACGCAAUGGAGCCUCGGACCAGUUACUUGAGCUACUCGUUGAACGUGGAGAAGAGAAUACUUCAGUCUCUGGACAAUCUCAAAGUUACACAGGCCAUAGCAUUUGGAGCAAUAGUUGGCAGUAUUGCCUAAGGUUGAAGGAUAAACAACUGGCAGCUAGACUUGCCCUCAAAUAUUUGCAUCGGUGGGAGCUGGAUGCUGCUUUGGAUGUUCUCACCAUGUGCAGCUGCCAUUUGCCUGAGAGUGAUCCUAUUAAGAAUGAGGUGGUUCUGAUGAGGCAAUCUUUGCUGAGGCACAAACACAUUUUAUGUGCAGACAAUCGCUACAAUAGCUGGCAAGAGGUUGAGGCAGAGUGUAGGGAAGAUCCUGAGGGCCUGGCCCUUCGAUUAGCUGGGAAAGGAGCUGUUUCUGCUGCUUUAGAAGUGGCUGAAAGUGCUGGACUAUCAAUUGAACUGCGAAGAGAACUCCAAGGGCGUCAGCUUGUGAAGCUUCUUACUGCAGACCCUCUAAAUGGAGGAGGUCCUGCAGAAGCUUCACGCUUUCUUUCCUCACUUCGUGAUACUGAUGAUGCUCUACCAGUUGCAAUGAGUGCAAUGCAGCUACUGCCCAACCUGCGUACAAAGCAGCUUCUUGUUCACUUUUUCCUGAAGAGAAGAGAUAGUAAUUUGUCGGAAGUUGAGGUGUCCCGGCUUAACUCAUGGGCAUUAGGUCUUCGUGUCUUGGCUGCAUUGCCGUUGCCCUGGCAACAAAGGUGCUCUUCCCUUCAUGAGCACCCUCAUUUGAUUCUGGAAGUAUUGCUAAUGAGGAAACAACUGCAAUCUGCUUCUCUGAUUCUUAAAGAAUUUCCUUCGUUGAGAGAUAACGGCAUAAUUCUUGCAUAUGCUGCCAAAGCUAUUGCUGUCAGUAUCAGUUCUCCUUCCAGAGAACCUCGAAUAUCAGUUUCUGGUCCAAGAGCAAAGCAGAAGAUGAGACAAGGCACACCUACACGAUCAUCCUUCAGUAACAGCCUUAGUAACUUGCAAAAGGAGGCUCGCAGAGCUUUUUCCUGGACUCCACGCAAUACUGGAGAUAAGACUGUUCCAAAGGAUGCUUAUAGGAAAAGAAAGAGCUCUGGAUUAACACCAUCUGAAAGAGUUGCUUGGGAGGCAAUGGCUGGUAUUCAAGAAGACCGUAUCUCAUUGUACUCUGCUGAUGGCCAGGAUCGGCUCUCUGCUGUUUCUAUUGCCGAGGAGUGGAUGCUCACAGGUGAUCCAAAUAAGGAUGAAGGUGUUCGUUCUUCUCAUCGAUAUGAAAGUGCCCCUGACAUAAUUCUUUUCAAGGCACUGCUUUCAUUGUGUUCAGACGAGAGUGUAUCUGCCAAAGGUGCUUUAGACUUGUGCAUUAAACAUAUGAAAAAUGUGUUGAGUGGUCAACAGUUGCCUGAAAAUGCAUCAAUGGAAACCAUUGGUCGGGCGUAUCAUGCCACAGAAACAUUUGUACAGGGUCUGUUUUUUGCUAAAUCACAGCUCAGAAAGCUUUCUGGGGGCAGUGACUUGUCAAGCAAUUCUGAAAGAAGUAGAGAUGCUGAUGAUGCAUCUUCAGAUGCUGGCAGCUCUAAUGUCAGUAAUCAGUCAACAGAUGAGCUGUCUGAAGCUUUGUCACAAGCUGACAUUUGGCUAGGACGCGCUGAGCUAUUGCAGAGCCUUCUGGGAUCAGGAAUCGCUGCCUCGCUUGAUGAUAUAGCCGAUAAAGAGUCAUCCGCACGACUCCGAGAUCGGUUGAUUCUAGAUGAAAGAUACAGCAUGGCUGCACUGCUUUCAUUGUGUUCAGACGAGAGUGUAUCUGCCAAAGGUGCUUUAGACUUGUGCAUUAAACAUAUGAAAAAUGUGUUGAGUGGUCAACAGUUGCCUGAAAAUGCAUCAAUGGAAACCAUUGGUCGGGCGUAUCAUGCCACAGAAACAUUUGUACAGGGUCUGUUUUUUGCUAAAUCACAGCUCAGAAAGCUUUCUGGGGGCAGUGACUUGUCAAGCAAUUCUGAAAGAAGUAGAGAUGCUGAUGAUGCAUCUUCAGAUGCUGGCAGCUCUAAUGUCAGUAAUCAGUCAACAGAUGAGCUGUCUGAAGCUUUGUCACAAGCUGACAUUUGGCUAGGACGCGCUGAGCUAUUGCAGAGCCUUCUGGGAUCAGGAAUCGCUGCCUCGCUUGAUGAUAUAGCCGAUAAAGAGUCAUCCGCACGACUCCGAGAUCGGUUGAUUCUAGAUGAAAGAUACAGCAUGGCUGUAUAUACUUGCAAGAAGUGCAAGAUUGAGGUUUUUCCAGUGUGGAAUGCCUGGGGUCUUGCUUUGAUUCGGAUGGAGCAUUAUGCACAAGCUCGUGUGAAAUUCAAGCAAGCUCUCCAAUUGCUUAAGGGUGACUCUGCACCUGUAAUUCUUGAAAUCAUCAAUACAAUUGAAGGAGGUCCACCAGUUGAUGUUUCAUCUGUUCGUUCCAUGUAUGAACAUUUGGCUAGAAGUGCACCAGCUAUCUUGGACGAUUCUCUUUCUGCUGAUUCCUAUCUUAAUGUUUUGUACAUGCCAUCUACAUUUCCACGUUCAGAGAGAUCCAGGCGUUCUCAAGAAGCUGCAAGUGAUAAUUCCAUGCUUGGCCCAGAUUUUGAAGACGGACCUCGUAGCAACUUGGACAGUGUCAGAUACCUCGAAUGCAUUAACUAUUUACAAGAUUACGCACGCCAGCAUUUGCUUGGUUUUAUGUUUAGACAUGGUCACUAUCAGGAUGCUUGCAUGUUGUUUUUUCCUUUGAAUACCGUUCCUCCGCCUCCUCAACCCUCAUCAUUGGGCGUGGUUACUUCAUCUUCUUCCCCUCAGAGACCAGAUCCUUUGGCAACUGAUUAUGGGACCAUUGAUGAUUUGAGUGACUUGUGCAUUGGUUAUGGUGCCAUGCCCAUCUUGGAGGAAGUGAUAUCUACGAGAAUGUCCUUUGCAAUAUCACAAGAUGCCGUGGUGAAUCAGUAUACUGCUGCAGCACUUAACCGCAUUUGUGUCUAUUGUGAAACUCAUAAGCAUUUCAAUUAUCUAUACAAGUUUCAGGUGAUAAAAAAGGAUCAUGUGGCUGCUGGACUUUGCUGUAUCCAGUUGUUCAUGAACUCUUCUUCUCAAGAGGAAGCCAUAAAACACUUGGAACAUGCCAAGAUGCAUUUUGAUGAAGGACUGUCAGCUCGAUAUAAAGUAGGAGAUUCCACUAAAUUUGUCUCCAAGGGCAUUCGAGGGAAAAGUGCCUCUGAAAAGCUUACUGAAGAAGGACUUGUCAAGUUGUCUGCUCGGGUUGCCAUUCAGGUGGAUGUUGUGAGAUCCUUUAAUGACACAGAUGGGCAACAGUGGAAACAUUCUCUUUUUGGAAAUCCAAAUGAUCCUGAAACUUUCAGGAGAAGGUGUGAGAUUGCAGAGACUCUUGCUGAGAAGAAUUUUGACUUGGCUUUCCAAGUGAUCUAUGCAUUCAAUCUUCCUGCUGUUGACAUAUAUGCUGGCAUUGCAUCAUCACUUGCUGAGAGAAAAAAAGGAGGACAGCUGACUGAGUUUUUCAGAAAUAUUAAGGGCACAAUAGAUGAUGAUGAUUGGGACCAGGUUCUGGGGGCAGCAAUCAACGUGUAUGCUAACAAACACAAAGAACGCCCUGACCGCCUCAUUGACAUGUUAACAAGUAGUCACAGGAAGGUGCUGGCUUGUGUGGUAUGUGGUCGUCUCAAAAGUGCAUUUCAAUUUGCUUCUCGGAGUGGAAGUGUGGCUGACGUUCAAUAUGUUGCACACCAGGCAUUACAUGCUAAUGCACUUCCUGUGCUUGAUAUGUGCAAGCAAUGGUUGGCUCAAUACAUGUAACCGUUGUUGGAGGAAUUUGCAGUCAACUUGAAGUAGUCGGGGCUUUAUACUUGGUGUUGGUCAUGGAUAUGGUGGUGUAUUCCCAUUUGGGAAGAUGAGGAAGCAUUGCAUUCAAGCAUUAGGCCGAAAUGCUCAGUGGAAAACCCAAAAAAAAUAGAAAAAAUAGAAAAGAAAGAGAGGGAUCACAUUGCUGCAGACCUUGUAAAGUUACUGUACUGUUUGUAGUCUGUAGAAUGGUGAAAGUAGAACAAACCUGUAAAUAUGUUCGUGCAGGAGAGAGAGAGAGAGA